GCCUUCCUGCCUGCCCGCGGUGCGGCGCGGCCGGAGCGCCCCGCAGCCAUGGGCGAUGGGUGGCUGCCGCCCGACUGCGGCCCCCACAACCGCUCCGGAGGCGGCGGGGCGACGGCGGCGCCGACCGGGAGCCGUCAGGUGUCCGCCGAGCUGCUGUCGCAGCAGUGGGAGGCGGGCAUGAGCCUGCUGAUGGCACUGGUGGUGCUGCUCAUCGUGGCCGGCAACGUGCUGGUGAUCGCGGCCAUCGGGCGCACGCAGCGGCUGCAGACGCUCACCAACCUCUUCAUCACCUCGCUGGCUUGUGCCGACCUGGUGAUGGGGCUGCUGGUGGUGCCCUUCGGGGCCACGCUGGUGGUGCGGGGCACCUGGCUGUGGGGCUCCUUCCUCUGCGAGUGCUGGACAUCGAUAGAUGUGCUCUGCGUGACGGCCAGCAUCGAGACCUUGUGCGUCAUCGCCAUCGACCGCUACCUGGCCAUCACCUCGCCUUUCCGCUACCAGAGCCUGAUGACCAGGGCUCGGGCCAAGGGCAUCAUCUGCACCGUCUGGGCCAUCUCCGCCCUGGUCUCUUUCCUACCCAUCAUGAUGCACUGGUGGCGGGAUGAGGACCCUCAGGCACUCAAGUGCUACCAGGACCCAGGCUGCUGCGACUUCGUCACCAACCGGGCUUAUGCCAUCGCCUCAUCCAUUAUCUCCUUCUACAUCCCCCUCCUCAUCAUGAUCUUCGUGUACCUGCGGGUGUACCGGGAGGCCAAAGAGCAGAUCAGGAAGAUCGACCGCUGUGAAGGCCGGUUCUAUGGCAGCCAGGAGCAGCCGCAGCCACCCCCUCUCCCUCACCACCAGCCCAUCCUCGGCAACGGCCGCGCCAGCAAGAGGAAGACGUCCCGUGUCAUGGCCAUGAGGGAGCACAAAGCUCUGAAGACAUUGGGUAUCAUCAUGGGGGUGUUCACCCUCUGCUGGCUCCCUUUCUUCUUGGUGAACAUUGUCAACGUCUUCAACAGAGACUUGGUGCCAGACUGGCUCUUUGUUUUCUUCAAUUGGUUGGGCUACGCCAACUCUGCUUUCAAUCCCAUCAUCUACUGCCGCAGCCCAGACUUCCGUAAGGCCUUCAAGAGGCUGCUCUGCUUCCCCCGCAAAGCCGACAGGCGGCUGCACGCAGGCGGCCAACCCGCCCCGCUGCCUGGGGGCUUCAUCAGCACCCUGGGCUCCCCUGAGCACAGCCCAGGGGGGACGUGGUCCGACUGCAACGGGGGCACGCGGGGCGGCAGUGAGUCAAGCCUGGAGGAGAGACAUAGCAAAACAUCCCGCUCGGAGUCUAAGGUAUAGGGGGGUGGGUCUGUGGGGCCGGCCACGGCUGGGGAACGCAGGCAAGGGAUGAGCGGGGAGAGAGCCCGUGUUUACUGAUGAAUAAAAAAGCAGGUGAAUUGUAUCCGACAUACCUCAUCUGAACCUAAAGCAAACAGGAAGCCCACUGAGCAGAGAACGGAGCAAAUAAACAGCCUGUCCCAAAGCUAACCAGGUUAUAUUUGGGUCGGAGGGAGGCUUAGCUGAGGCUGGGCUAGAGAAACGCUUUCCCAAGUCCCAUCCCACGGGCGAGUUUUCCCCGGACAGUGCCGGUAGCUGCUGGAGCAGUGGGAUGAUCACAGCCCUGUGAUGCUGUGAUUCCAUAGGGCUGGGCAGUGACUGGGGCUGCACCCCGAGGGCAGCAGCAGCUUGAGCUGUGACCCCGAAGGCUCCCGCAGCGGUCCUACACACACGGCAACACAGCCGAUCCCAGCCGUGAGGCUGGAGCUGCAGGUGCUCUGCGCCUCAUCUGCUGCGAGAGCAGUCCAAAACCUGUGGUCGCUGUGUGUGCUCCCCUCUACUGCCGAGCAGAAGUGAUGACAAAGUUAAGAAGCAGGAGCACAGAUCUAUUUUGAAA